ACUAAAGCCUCUUUAUGAGCAACAGAGAUACUUUUACACUUAAAUUGGCUUAAUAAACAAAAUUGAUCGCCUUUAGUUUUUUUUGGUGUAGAAAUCCUAAUCGUUGUUUCCAUUUUUCGAUAGAUGAGAAACUCAACCGUCUCUCUUCUCUAAUAAACGUUACUUUUAUUUUUGAAAAUUAAAAAAACAAAAACUUUGCAAAGUUCCAUCCUUUAUCGCUCCAAUGGCGAUGAGAGAGCUCUCGAAGCUUACCAGCAGAGAAAGAGACAAUGAUGAAGAAGAAGAAGAAGUGUGGGUCAAACACUAUUCAUCGAACCAUCAGAUACUUCUGGUCGGCGAAGGAGAUUUCUCAUUCUCUCACAGCUUAGCCACUCUCUUCGGCUCUGCUUCCAAUAUCUGCGCUUCCUCUCUCGAUUCAUACGAUGUUGUGGUUAGAAAGUACAAGAAGGCAAGAUCAAACCUUGAAACUUUGAAGAGACUUGGAGCUUUACUUUUACAUGGAGUUGAUGCUACCACACUGCAUUUUCAUCCUGAUCUUCGCUAUAGAAGAUUUGAUCGCAUCAUCUUCAACUUCCCGCACGCCGGUUUCCACGGCAGAGAGUCUGAUUCCUCUCUUAUACGGAAGCAUAGAGAACUGGUGUUUGGAUUUUUCAAUAGUGCAAGCCGUUUGCUAAGAGCUAAUGGAGAAGUUCAUGUCUCUCACAAGAACAAAGCACCUUUUUGUAACUGGAAUCUCGAGGAGCUCGCUAGCAGAUGCUUUCUUGUGUUGAUUCAACGUGUGGCGUUCGAGAAGAGCAAUUACCCUGGUUAUGAGAAUAAGAGAGGAGAUGGGUCUAGAUGUGAUAAGCCUUUCCUUUUGGGAGAGUGCAGUACUUUCAAGUUCAGAUUAUCUCGUGUCGCUAAGGAACUUUAUGCAGAGAAAGUAAAAUCGAGAGAAGUGAAGGAACAAGAAUCAAGUUGUGCCCAAGCUUUUAUAAAUACGCAGCCAGUGUCAUUUGAUCAUGGGUAUCCCCUCCAAACAGAAUUUCACGGUGUUAGCCAUAGACCAGUUUCGUUUGAUCUCAGCUAUCGUGGGGACUAUAACCUUAGGCAAGUCCAAGAUCCUUUGGUUCAAUCAAGAGAAAGGACAUCUCCAUUGGAUCUUUGUUAUUACCAAGAACAUAGACGUUUACAGUUCGAAAAUGCCCGGUUUGCUGUUGGAAGAAACCAUGCCCGGUUUCUAGAAAACUCAAUAGAGCUGGAAAAGUUCAGAUACACUGAAAGAAGCAGCCUGCUUUGUCAAGAUUUUCCUUUUCAAUUAAAUCAUGAUCGUCAAGAACAGUUCCAUGAAAGCUCUAACCGCCUCAACAGAGGUUCGCCGGAUAUUUACAAUCAGAUAAUACAAAAAAUGUUAACACGGACGAGGUUUCCUCAUCUGUACGCUGGAGAAUCGCCAGAAAGACGCCACCUGCUUUGUCAAGACUUUCCAGUUCAAGCUAGGCAAGAACCACCAUUUGGAUUCUCUAACCGCUUUAGUGGAGUUUCUCAUGAAAUUUAUAAGUGGGAAGUACCAAGAAUGUUAACAAGUACCAGUUUUCCUCAUCCGUACACUGGAGAAUCACAAGAACGAAGCUUGACUAGGCAGAGCAACCUCAACUCUCACCCUCCACACCACUGUCUAGCAAAUCUUGGUAUCUCUCCUCAAUCACACACCGAUAUCGGAAUAUUCUCUCCGGUGAUUUAUUCCGGCAAUAUGUCGAAGCAACGGAUAGUUUUGAAGAUGGAUAUGAGUAACAAUGAGAAAUCUAUAAAGAAAGCUAUGAAAAUCGCAUCUGCAAAAUCUGGUGUGAGAUCGGUCUCGAUUCAGGGACAGAACGAUCAGUUGGUUUUAUUGGGAGAAGGUAUUGACUUAGCGGAGCUUACCCGUGAGCUCAAGAAGAAAGUGUGCCACACGACUAUCAUUACCGUUCAGGCGGCGCCGCCGCAGCAGCCACCGCAGCCUCAUCAAAUGGGCCAAUAUAACCAGAUGCCUCCGCCGAGAAGAUGUACCUGUGAGAUACCAAACUCAGGUUUCUGCGGAUUUUGUAGAUCCAGGCGCAUGACGCAAGCUAAAGUUCCUGUUAAAUCUCAGACCACUCCGGAUGAUAUGUCCAAUGAGGAUCCCUGCGCAACCAAAGUCAAUGCUGACAAUUUGGGAUCACAAUCAGACAAUGAUUUGCCUAUGGCAAACAAUAAUGAAGGCUACACCAAUCAGUCCGAAUAUAACUCCGGGAUCGAGCAAACAAACACUGAUUUGGAUAUGGAGCCACAAUCCAACAAGAAUUUCGAUACAUCGGAUGUCCCACCUCAAUCUCCUGAAGAUAUAUUGGUUGGUGAUGGAGUUCAGCACAACUGGAAACAAUACCGGGAGGUAUUUGGCCAGUUGGGCAUCCAUGAUGUGGUUGAUGGUUUUGUCGAGGACUCCAUUGAAAGAACGACAUUUAAAACCCCGGUGCUUGGUGAUGACCCCAUGGAUGUCUUGAUUACCCCACUCCCAUCAGAAGAGCCUAAUAAGCCUGAUACACAUCAAGGAAAUCCCAUUUAUGACACUGCCAACAAAGAUUCCCUUUGUUUGAAUACCCCUUCUGCUCUCGAGGGUAACGAAUACAAUCCAUCUUGCUCCAAGGUUAAGCACAUUGAUUAUGAUCCCAGUUUCGAUAAAAGUGACAACCUAACUGCCAUCAAAUCUCCAAUGGCUGCUGACAUUAUUCAACCUCUUACAACGAAGCUUCAAAAACAAUUUGAGGAUGAAUUCUAUAGAUUAUGUUCACCUCAGUCUGUGGUAGAUACCUCCAGGCAACCCAAAGCUGCAUAUAACCCUCUUAAGGAAACAUUGGCUACUGUCCCUGUGUCUGAAUAUGUUAUAGACACACGUGUUGAACCAAUGGAUGAAGAUAAUCCACUGAAGCCUUUGGUAUUUGCUGAAGAUGUCACAAUAAAGGAAACAUUGGUUAGUGUUAUUGCAUCUCAGAAAAUGAUUGAUACACCUAUGCAACAAAUCUCUGAAGAUAAUCCACUGCAGGGUAAACUCUUCUUAAGGGAAAACAUUGAUGGACAAAACAUUGUGGAUAAUCAGGAUAAUAACUCGCAACUGUCUAACACAUCUGACCCUAUAGAAGAGGAUUUAGUUGAUGUUUCAGAUUCAUCACCAGCACGAUCGAGAGAAAAACCUAUUCUUUCGGAAGCUGAGUCUUUUCUUGUAGCUGAGUUUUUAUCAAAACCAAAAAUGGAGGCAUACCAACUUUUACCACUCCUAAAAAAGGCAGAUUAUGCCCAUUUUUUGGACACCCUUUCAUCAGCUCCUAAUACGGAACAUGUUACGGAUUCUGGAUUCCUAUUUCCCAACUCAUUCCUCCUCAAGCUUGCAAAACCUCAAAAUUGGGUUUCAACUCUGCACAUGGAGGUUUUAGUGGAGUUACUUUCUAGUAGGCUUGCAACAAGACUUGCCACACAGCGUGCUGCUUUUGUUGAACCAUGGUUUGCUAACCAUUUACAAGGAAAAUACAAAUCUUUCAAAGCAGCAAAAAUCAAAUCUCGCGUCCGCUGGUCCGAUCCCAUGAAACGCUUUAUCGUUGGCCCCACCACCGAGUGGUUCACAGACAUUGAUACCAUUUAUGUACCUAUGAUCUGGAAUUCUUCCCACUGGGUAGGCCUUUCAAUCAAUCUAGGAGUCUGGGAAGUUGAAAUUCUCGACCCAAAUACUGACCUCAAUCCGGAGGAAAAAGUUAAAGAAUUUAUCGAGCCUGUGGUUACCCUUUUGCCACACCUCAUCCAGAGAAUGUUAGAUCUGGUGACUGUGGCCCCGUUGCUAUGAAAUUUCUUGAGAUAAUGGCAAGUGAUAAACUCCCAGACCAAAU